UCCUCCUCCUCCCGCCUCCGCUCUCGUCUCUCCCGGGAUCCCGAUUCCCCCGGCCCCGCUACGCACUCUGGACCAGGCGCUCCCCUGGCGUCGGCGGUUACCAUGGCGACGGUUGCCUUGGUGCUCGGCAUAACCCUGCUAUUCGGCUGGGCCCCACUGGGGGCUGGGGCAACCUCUCAGCCCCCCAAUAUCGUGUUCCUCCUCAUGGACGAUAUGGGGUGGGGUGACCUGGGCGUGUAUGGAGAACCUUCUAGAGAAACCCCCCACCUGGACCAAAUGGCUGCCGAAGGGAUGCUCUUCCCCAAUUUCUACACCGCUAACCCCCUGUGCUCUCCGUCAAGAGCUGCACUGCUCACAGGCCGUCUCCCCAUCCGCAACGGAUUCUAUACAACCAAUGGGCAUGCUCGAAACGCUUAUACACCUCAGGAAAUAGUCGGAGGAAUCCCAGAUUCGGAGUUCCUCCUUCCUGAGCUGCUGAAGAAAGCAGGCUAUGUCAAUAAGAUUGUUGGCAAGUGGCAUCUGGGUCACAGGCCCCAAUUUCACCCCUUGAAGCAUGGAUUUGAUGAGUGGUUUGGAUCCCCCAACUGUCAUUUUGGACCAUAUGACAACAAGGCCAUACCCAACAUUCCUGUUUAUAGGAAUUGGGAGAUGGUUGGCAGAUUCUAUGAAGAUUUUCCCAUUAAUCACAAGACUGGAGAGGCUAAUCUAACUCAGAUCUACUUAAAGGAAGCAGUGGAUUUUAUUAAGAAGCAACAGGCCAAUCAACAGCCCUUUUUUCUCUAUUGGGCCAUUGAUGCCACCCAUGCACCUGUGUAUGCUUCAGAAUCUUUCUUGGGUACCAGUCAAAGAGGGAGAUAUGGAGAUGCUGUUCGAGAAAUUGAUGAUAGCAUUGGGAAAAUCCUAAAGCUGCUUCAGGACCUGGGUAUCAAAGAGAACACGUUUGUGUUUUUCACAUCUGAUAAUGGUGCUGCCCUUAUUUCAGCUCCUAAGGAAGGUGGCAGUAAUGGGCCCUUCCUGUGUGGGAAACAAACCACCUUUGAAGGAGGGCUAAGGGAACCAGCAAUUGCCUGGUGGCCUGGACAUAUACCCGCUGGACAAGUGAGUCACCAGCUGGGGAAUGUGAUGGAUCUCUUCACCACCGGCCUGUCCCUAGCGGGCCUGAAGCCUCCCAGCGACCGAGAGAUUGACGGCAUUGACCUUCUCCCAGCCAUUGUGCAGGGCAAGGUGAUUGACAGGCCAAUCUUCUACUACCGAGGUGACGAGAUGAUGGCGGUCCGAGUGGGACAGUACAAAGCUCAUUACUGGACUUGGAGCAACUCGUGGGAGCAGUUCAGUCAGGUAGCCACCUUCUGCCCGGGGCCCAGGGCACUGGGGGUCUCGCGUCUGUCCCAAGAGCUAGAGACGAAACUACAUCUAAUUUAUAUUCUGGGCUCAGACCCAGGAGAACUUUUUCUUCUUAUGCCCAGGUUUUCCAGCCUCGAGUACAAGGAUGCUCUCCUUAGAAUAUUCCCAAUUGUAGAAGAACACAAGAGGACCCUGAUACCAGGAGAGCCCCAGCUCAAUGUGUGCAACCCAGCUGUUAUGAACUGGGCCCCCCCUGGUUGUGAGAAGUUGGGAAAGUGCUUGACCCCACCAGAGUCCAAACCCAAGAAGUGCUUUUGGCCCCACUAGCUGCCUUUCCUCCAUGGGGAUCUCAGAAGCCUGCGUGGCAGAUGUGGGGAGCACAUCUGCCCUGAUGGGACUCGUCAUAAAAGAAGGAACACAAAAUGUGAAGAGACAAGUUGUCACAUCCCUUGGUUCCAGCAGUGAUUUUCGUCAGCUCCCUGGUGAGAGACAAGAGCAUAUGCCUGUCUUUUCAAGCUGUUGCCCAGCGUUAAAACUCCUCCGUAACAUUUUUUUGGUGAGUGAAGGAGGGUGACCUGGUGGAAUGACCGCCCAAGAGAGAGAAACACGGAACUGUCCUCUUGCGCUAUUAAAAUCAUGUUUCCCAAAGGCCGGCAUCAGAAAACAGGAGAGCACACUUGAACUUGUCCUCAAGCCUAUUGCCAAGGGAGAUUACUCCCCAUAUCAGCCCCAGUGUUGUCGGUGAUUGACAUUCGAUAAGGAGAAAAAAAUAAAUUCCUUGUAUAUAUGUUCUC